AUGACUCUCGAUGACCAGACGCUCCCCUCGCGCCCGGGCUCGAUCCGCGAAGAAGACGUGAAGCUCGAAGAGGGCCAUGCCGUGCGGGAGUCCGCACUCUCGGAAGGCACCUUCCACCAGUCGCAGGUGGUGGGCAAGGCCAUCCGCAAGCACUUCUUCUGCCCACCUGACGCGACGCUCGCCGAUGCUGUCAAUCGUGACGCCGAUAACGUCGAGUUCACAGAUGCUGAGGAGAAAGCCGUGAGGCGCAAAAUUGAUCGGAGGGUGCUCACUCUCGUUGUAAGCAGUUACAUCCUCAACCAAUUCGAUCGUACAAACAUUGGGAAUGCACAUGUUCUCAAAGCAUUCAACGACAACUUCGGCAUCACUAACAACAAUCAAUGGACAUUGGCGCUGAGUAUCUUCUACGUCGGAUACUGUCUUCUUGAGAUGCCGGCAAAUGUCCUCCAAAGGUACAUAGGUGCGAAUCGAUUCCUCUUCCUGUCCUUGACGUGGUGGGGCCUUGCCUCCGUUUCGUUCGUCUACGCGAAAGGUUAUGGGGGUCUACUUGCGCUGCGGGUGUUGUUGGGCAUCGGCGAAGCGGGCUAUUACGCAGGAAUGAUCUACUACCUGUCGUUCUGGUACAAGAGAUCGGAGCUAGCCCUGCGAAUCAGAUGGCAACUUCUCUUCCUCGUCGAGGCUAUUCCCACUAUAUUCAUGGCGAUUGUCACCUUGCUAUUCCUGCCCUCCUUCCCAUUCUCAUCAUCGUUCUUGACGCCCCGGGAGAAAGCCAUCGCCCAAGCGCGCCUCAACCGUGACCACCGCCCCAAAUCGCAUGGUGGCAUGACGGGCUGGGAAGGGUUCAAGGCGGUAGUAAACGACAUCCACGCAUGGUUGCUCAUGUUCAUGUAUGCCAGCUUCAACGUCGGCGCCACCUCGAUCGUGUACUUUUUGCCCACGCUCAUCAACGAACUUGGGUUCUCCCCGCUCGCCUCGCAAGGCCUCACCGUCGCCCCCUACGUGGUAGGCUGGCUCAUGGUCGUCUUUCAGGCCUGGCACUCGGACAAGACGCGCGACCGUGGCUACCACAUCAUGCUCUCCACCGCCGUGUCGUGCAUAGGCUACAUCGUCCUCGCCGUGCUCGCGACGAGGGGCAGCGGCUCGAACAUGAUCGGGGGACGCUACUUCGCGCUGUUCCUCGUCGUGGGCGGGAACUACAGUCUAUUCCCCUUGGUAAUGAGCUGGGCUGCAAACGUGUUCUCACCGACGUCGAAACGGGGCGUCGGAACGGCGUUUAUCGUCUCGAUCUCGAAUUGUGUUUCCAUUGCGUCCCCACAGGUCUACUUCGACGCAAACGACAACUACCAGAAAGGGCACGCCAUCUCCGCUGCGUUAGUAGUCUCCUCGCCCCCUUGCCAAGUCCGAUGA